AUGUUGAUCAUCCUAUUGAUAGUACUCCUUGCUCUAUAUACCCCAAUACACGCCCAUUCUUGGGUGGAAGAGCUCACCCUCAUUGCUCCAAAUGGAACCUUUGUCGGCACUCCGGGAUAUGCGCGAGGGAACUACCUGCGCACGACAUCAGGCUUUAGCGACACUACCAUGACCUACUUAAUUCCUCCCAACACAAGAGCAAAUGUGACUCAGAUCCUGCCAACCGACAAAAUGUGCAAAGACACGCAGCAGGAUCAGACUCAGUCAGAGGGAAGCCCUCGACUAGAAGCCAGCGCUGGCGCGGCGAUUGCCCUUCGCUACCAGGAGAACGGCCAUGUGACACUUCCCCAGAACCAGCCCGGAAAGCCCGCCAACCGUGGAACCGUUUACGUAUAUGGUACCACACAACCCAAGACCGGCGAGAAACUCCUUGAUGUCUAUGGAGCCUGGAAUCAAGAUGGCACUGGAGGUGAUGGGCGGGGUGUGCUCUUGUCGGUUCAGAACUACGAUGACGGCCGUUGCUAUCAGGUCAAUUCGGGGGAAAUCUCAGAGACUCGACAAACGAAGUAUACCCACACAGCAGACCCCCGGAUGGGAACAGACCUCUGGUGUCAACAGGAUAUUCAACUGCCCUCCAAUGCUCCCAGUGGGAAGCCCUACACACUCUAUUGGGUUUGGGACUGGCCCACCGCUGCCGGUGGUGAUCCCACAUAUCCCAAUGGAAAGGCUGAGAUCUACACAACUUGUAUGGAUGUGGACUUGGUGAACAAGGUCGGCAAGCAGGCAAUCAAGAGCGACUAUGAGACUGAUCAAGAUCUUAACAAUGCUGCAAUCCCUUCGCAGUUUGAUGCACUCGGCGGUGCGAUAUCUUCUCAGCUACCCGCCCAGCCAUCCUCUCAGCCAUCCUCUCAGCCAUCCUCUCAGCCAUCCUCUCAGCCGACCACUUUUGUUACAUCGCUAGCUGCGACAGGGGUUCAACCUAAAAAAGUCACAGUGACAGACUGGGAAAUCAGCACCAGCACUGUAUUUAUGGCUGGGAGUCAACCCACGUAA